AUGGCCUACAAUGGAAACUACGCCAGGAAUACAUACCAAACGGGCAAAAUGAACCCAGAUCCAAACGGAUAUGGGUAUUCGCCAACACCUCCAUAUCCAUCCCGCAACGAAUCAGCCUACCUGGACAUGCCACAGCCACAGGCGCCGCGGACUGGUUCGCCGGCCCCGAAUCCAACUCCACAAGCAUGUAACUAUCCGGAACCCCAGCGCUCCUCCCCAAACAUGCACACUGGGCACAUAGACAAUGCAGUGAGCUCCGCAUUCCACAAUAGUGGCUCCACAGACUACCUCUCCCCAGAAGUUCUAUCGCAAAUCACAGCAUCAGUGAUCCAGCAGCUCAAGACAACUGGGUUAGACAACCUACAGGGAUCUGGUGCGCGCCCGCCCCGCUCGCAAUCACAGCAGCCACCAUGGCAAACAGACAGCUUGCUACAGCCGCAUGCACAGUCCCCGCCUACCAUAACCCCGCAGCGAAGCAGCUCUAUCCCCCUGUCCAGUUCGGCCUCCGACAACAUCCAUACUGGGAAUUUCCAGCCAUACGUCUCCUCCGAUUACAAUAGUGAUAGUCGUCUCAGCCCAAAACCUAUGGCUGAUCCUCUUGCAAAUAGACGUGGCUCUAUAUCGAGUCAGAAUAGUGAUCGGAGUCAUCAUAGCCACCUUAAGGCGGAGCGUCCGAAGCCUCCGGAUCAGGACGCUACCGCUAUGGAGACGACUACUCUGGAGCGGAUUUGGGGGAAAUUGUUUGAGGAUGGUAAGGCGACGAAGAGGCUUGGCCAAUUCUUACGUGGGAUUGCGGUCCAUCUGAUUGAGGACUAUCCGCCGGGAAACACUAUUGUCAUUCCCCCUCACAAGUUGCAAAAGUUCUAUCGUGAUACUCACGAUCCAAACGACCCUUAUCCAUGGCAAGACGUCUUCGACGAUCGUACAUCUUCGAUAUCCCGACUAUUCCGCGAAAUCAAGGUCGAACAUCAUCUUAUCCAAGAGGAUAUAGAGAAACGCCCAGAUAUCCCAGGCCUAACACCCAGAGGCUUCGAGACCUGGGAAACCUUGAUGAUCCUUGCGAACCCUGGGCGCGAAUACGAGCGGCUCCAAAAGGCAGUCCUCAACAUGCCCAUCAACAACCCAGACGACAAGAAAGAGCGCUUCCCAAAGGAAAUCCCACGCCGCCUCUUCCCAGAAAUCGGAGAUAUCGAAAUCAGAGAAGACAUCGAGGACCGCAUGAUGAUCCACUGCGGCGUCGAUCUACCAUACAUCACUCCAGAAGAACGCAACCAAUCCGCCGCCCGACCAACCCGAUCAUCAACCAAGACUGCAUCACCUGCAGAGCGAACCCACUCAUACGAGCGGGGCCGACCCCUUCCCACAGGCUCGAUCCCAAGGCCAGGUCAGCAAUCGCACCCAAGACCCGCCCCGGCCGUCACAGACGACGAGGAAGACGAGCCCAUCCCGUCAGUGCCAAUUGAGCGCGAACGCAAGCCGUACAGCGCAAAUCCAGGUGGUGGCAAAAUCUAUGAAGAAUCCACCCCGAGCCGGAGUCACGCGGCCUCCUUCUCGACGUCCCGGCCCUCAGACACUACCAACAAGGGACCGGCUCCGGGACCGGCUCCAACACACCGCAUGUCGGAGUCCUACGACCGCGACCCGCAAUACUCACACUCGGGAUCUGGUCAUUCUGCUGAUAAGCGGUUCUCUGACUCCCGGAGCUUGUCGCAAAGUGUGAAUCACCCUGCUGGUGCUGGUGGUGACUACAGGCAUUCGGAGAGUGAUUUGCAUAGUCGCGACCAUUCGGGUAGAUAUGAGCUGUUGGAGCAUCUCAAGCCGCCUACUACGCAUCCGCAUGAGGAUAAUGGGCGCAGGUAUAAUCAUGGUAGUCGUGGUAGUGAUGAGGAGUAUUAUCGUGGGAGUGGGCAGGGUGGGGUAUCUAAGUCUCACGCUUUUACCUUAUCGUAG